AUGGAAACAGUCACUCCAACGUACGCUAUCCGCCGGGCUACGAUGGAUGAUUACGAUGCUUUUUUUAACGUGAUGGUUGAAGCCUACACCAGCACUGAACCAAUCGCAAGGGCGCUCAAUGUUUCCAAAGAAGAAGCUGCUGAAUUCGUUAAAGGGUUUCUACCCCACUAUCUACGCCAAGGUUAUUCAUUGAUCAUGGAAAGCGAUGGAGAAGUUGUCGGGAUCUACCUUAUACAACGUAUUGAUAGACCAAACCCUAUCUAUCCGUCUGGUCCUGAUCCUGAUCUACCGCCGAAAAUUUUCCUCAUCGAAACUAUUGCGCACAAACUUUCAGAAAAUUUCUGGGAUGCGAUGCCUCUCAACUUUACUCGAUGCAUGCAUGCAUUGUACACAGCCGUAAUCCCUUCAUGGCACUUUCGAGGCGCAGCAAACGCGCUUACAGCAGCCGCAAUUCGAAUGUCUAGAGAUGAAGGCGCGGAUGUUGCGUUUGCAGAAUUGCUGAGUGACCAUGUUUUAAGGUUGAACAACCCGUUUGGCUUCUUCGAGCUACGAUCCAUACCACACUCGCAAUGGAAAGACCGCAAAGGAAGGCCUCUCAUCAAUAUUAAAGGUGCAACUCGAUCCGUACUUACUGUUGUUUUUCUUAAGAAGACUAUGAUAGAUUCCAAACUAUAA